ACAAAAACCAACCCACUUCUUUCUCUUUUUCUCUUGCCUGCUUCUGACCCCCAUCUGAAGCCGACUAUUUCUCCAAUAUAUAUUUUCCCACCAAACAGCCCAAAUAUCUCUCGCCCUCGAUUUCUAAUUCUGGAGACUUUCACAGGAAUCAAGAACAUAUAUAGACAUCUCUGCAUGAGAUCAGCUGCAAAGAUGGAUCGUGGUGAGCCCAAAGAUGAAAAGGAUAGUACUGGCAGGUAUUAUUUGCUGAAGGAUGAAGAAGGCUCAAGAUUUGGAAUUUACGACAAGCCCCUCCCAUGCUUUGGCUGUGGCAUAGGAUGGUUCUCAUUUCUUGUAGGAUUUCUAUGCCCUUUCUUGUGGUACUAUGCUACAAUCCUGUACUUCGGCAACUACUACCGCAGAGACCCAAGAGAGCGAGGGGGCCUAGCUGCUUCAGCUAUCGCGGCACUGGUAUGCACUGUUGCAAUCUUCAUCACGGUGCUUGUAGUUCUUUUCUAGUGCUCUCCAUUACAAGCAGGUUCUUGCCACAUACUUUCCUCUCCUGAUCAGCUUCCCUGUUGCUUCGCAAAGUUGGCAGCAAGAAAAUGAGGAUACAGAGAAAAGUAUGGUGCUGUUGGGUUUCUCUACUGAGGUAUAUCUUGUAUAGUUCAGUUGCUUUGUAUGUAAUCAUGCUCGUAGUAUUUGCAUUUUACCUGUAAAGACCCACGUUAUUUUGAUGAAAUAAUUAGUGCAAUGAAAGUUCAAUAUGAUGAUAUAUCAGGACUAGAGUUUUGUUGCUU